UGUGCGUCAGUCCCGGCUCAUAGAUACCCACAUUCUAGAGAUGCUCUGGCUGCCUCAUUUGCCAACUUUGGGAAGCACCUCAGCAUCUGCCGUGUACUUUUCGGAUGGGCUACUGCUGCUUCCGCGCGAGUUUUCGGUGUAUGGUCAUAUCGAUGCGCCAAAGCCUGGGGUGUUGACAAUUUUGAAAUUCGCCUUUAUGGACAGGGACUGCGACGCUGCAAUUGACAGGAAUAGGCUGUGGUUCUUUUGUGGUGUAAUCAGCCCAGACUGGUGCAACCUGGGUCUUCUUCUGGUCAUGUUCCCGCGACUUCGGCGGUCCUUGCUUAACCGGUUGCCUCUGGGCUGGUGGCUCAACCCCGUGGUUGGAAUGAUUGUUACCCAUGUUAGGAGAGUAUUUGCCCUGCUGUGAGUUAGGUCACAAGUAGCUUUGUACAAAACGCGAGAAUGAGUACGCGCUUGGAAAACACGUUAGCAAAAGUAUAACAUAAGGUGACUUCGUCACCAGCUAGUGGUAUGAUGGGCAGAUGCAUAGUUACAGGGACAGGACACGCUGAGCGCCAUAUCGAAGCAGUUGCAACGAUAUGGAUUGAAUCAAUAGACGGUGUUUCCGAGCAUCGAUGCUUGAAGCGACCGAUGUUCUGUUCACGCAGCGCAAGUGUGCCGU